AUGGCGGUGAAUCGCAUUCGCGGCGCAUUCGCCGCUCCCAGAAAGGGCGAAACCUUUGAGCUCCGCGCUGGUCUGGUCUCCCAGUAUGCCUAUGAGCGGAAGGAGUCCAUCCAAAAGACCAUCAUGGCCAUGACCCUUGGCAAGGAUGUGUCUGCCCUGUUUCCGGACGUCUUGAAGAACAUUGCUACGGCCGACCUCGAUCAGAAGAAGCUCGUCUAUCUCUAUCUCAUGAAUUACGCCAAGUCACAUCCAGACCUAUGCAUUCUCGCUGUAAACACCUUUGUUCAAGAUUCAGAAGAUCCGAAUCCUCUAAUAAGAGCGCUCGCUAUCCGAACCAUGGGUUGCAUUCGAGUUGAUAAGAUGGUAGACUACAUGGAAGAACCGUUGCGGAAAACGUUACGAGACGAAUCUCCAUACGUGCGAAAGACAGCCGCCACCUGUGUCGCCAAGCUGUUCGACCUCAACCCUGCCAUGUGUAUCGAGAAUGGUUUCCUGGAGACUCUCCAAGAGAUGAUUGGUGACCCGAACCCCAUGGUUGUCGCCAAUUCCGUGCAAGCCUUGUCUGAAAUCACCGAGACCGCCCCCGAGACGAGAGCGCUGGUCGUGACCUCGGCAACUUUGAAGAAGCUUCUCAUGGCGCUCAACGAAUGUACAGAGUGGGGAAGAAUCACCAUCCUCACCACCCUGGCCGACUACCCAGCCUCAGACGUCAAGGAAUCAGAACACAUUUGUGAACGAGUAGUGCCGCAAUUCCAGCACGUCAACCCUGCCGUUGUCUUGGCCGCUGUCAAGGUCGUUUUUAUUCAUAUGAAGGCAGUCAACCCAGAACUGGUUCGAUCCUUGCUCAAGAAGAUGGGGCCUCCCCUCGUGACUUUGGUGGCCUCGGCUCCCGAGGUUCAAUAUGUCGCUUUACGAAACAUUGAUCUCCUACUUCAAGCCAAGCCCGAUAUCCUUAGCAAAGAGCUCCGGGUCUUCUUCUGCAAGUACAAUGAUCCGCCCUACGUUAAGCUCCAAAAGCUCGAGAUUAUGGUUCGGAUAGCAAACGAGAAGAAUUAUGAACAGCUCCUGGCUGAACUGAAGGAAUAUGCUCUGGAAGUCGAUAUGGACUUUGUCCGCCGCGCUGUCAAGGCUAUCGGGCAGGUCGCCAUCAAGAUUGAGGAGGCCAGCGCCAAGUGCGUGCAAGCCUUGGAAGACUUGCUGGCCACCAAGGUAAACUAUGUGGUGCAAGAAGUCAUCGUGGUCGUCAAGGACAUUUUGCGGAAAUAUCCCGGCUACGAGGGUGUGAUCCCCACGCUGUGUGAACAUAUCGAUGAACUUGACGAGCCGGAGGCUCGAGGAUCCCUUAUUUGGAUCGUUGGCGAGUAUGCUGAGAAGAUUAGCAACGCCGACCAGAUUCUUGAGAGCUUCGUCGAGGGCUUUAUGGAGGAGUUUACCCAAACACAACUACAAAUACUCACUGCAGCGGUGAAGCUCUUCCUGAAGAAGCCUAGCAACACUCAAGGACUUGUGCAGAAAGUUUUGCAGGCUGCUACUGCAGAGAACGAUAACCCUGACAUCCGAGAUAGAGCCUAUGUUUACUGGCGCCUGCUCUCUGGCGACUUGGACGUUGCAAAGAACAUUGUUCUCUCCCAGAAGCCUACCAUUUCCACCACCAUGACCACGCUGCCGCCGUCAUUGCUGGAACAGCUGCUCUCAGAGCUGUCCACUUUGGCUUCGGUAUACCACAAACCCCCAGAGUCAUUUGUUGGCAAAGGACGAUUCGGUGCCGACGAAAUCCAGCGAGCCGCAAUUCAAGAACAAAGACAAAAUGCGGCUGACAAUCCCAUUGCGGCGUCUGUCGCCGCAGCAGCCAACGGCGCGGGCCCCGGUGCUUCUUCUAACAACAUUGAGAACUUGCUUGACAUCGACUUUGAUGGCGCGGCACCGGCAUCCCACGAGCAGCAAAGCGCGUCAGCGACGCCCGACCGAGUGGCGAGCCCAGCCGGUGGUGCCGCAUCUGGUGGCAUGGCGGACAUGAUGAGCAUGUUCGACGCUCCUCCAAUAGACGCAACCAACAAUGGAGGUGCAGCAGGACCUAGCUCUGGUAGCGGCAUCAACGACCUGAUGGGCGGGUUUGACGGGCUGAGUUUUGGCGACAGCAACUCGAGCCAGCCUCUCCCCGCGGCGAUGCAGCUGAACAAUGCGCAGGGCGGCAGCAGCACUCAGACGCAAAAAAAGGAUAGCGAUGAUUUGUUGGGGCUGUUGUGA